AUGCAGAGCGUCUUUGCCAGAACGCCACGGUAUCCAGCGUCGUCCAAUCAGCUGCUGGAUGUUCACCAAGCAGACCCUCCAGUCCCUGCAGAGCAGCUGGAGAUCACAAAGAUGGUUUUCAUGACCUGCUCACCAGAAAUAAUGCAGCAGCUCCACAUUCAGAGAGAGAGUGAGAGAGAACCAGAGGAACCUCUGAUACCAGCAGAACCCGUCUGA